GAAGUUACAAAAAUCUUUAUUUUUUUUGUUAUGGAAAUAUAAUUCACACAAAAUUCGCAAUGCACUCGUUACAGAACGCGAUAUGUUACGUUUAAUAUUAUUAUUAUUUUCAGAAAGCAAUAAUAUAUAUCCUCUCUUGUAAGAAGUACUGAUGCAUGAGCGAGCUGAAGGACUUUUGUUUUGAAUUUAUCCACCGUGUUAAAAAUGUACUGAAGGUUCAUGCUGUAACGGAGGCCAGUGGAGAAACUGUACUUAUUAUUAUUAUUAUUAAUUUUUUUUGGUCAAGGUCAAUGACUCAUCAACGAUGAAUGUAAAAACAGGCAGUUAUUUAAUAUUUAGGUCCCUGUGCUGUCGAGGUCAUCGUCAAAGCGCAAGCCGACCACCGAAACACGUCCCGCGAGCAGAGAGGACCGGAUUCAGUCCAGCAGCAGCAUCAAAAUGUGACUGGAUCGGUCCUCCAGACAGACUGUCAAACCUGAGGCCCAUCAUAUACCACAUCCCAGAGAAUGAGACGCCACUGGAAAGGACGUUGAGGCACCUGAGACAGGACACUGAAGACUGGAGCCACGAGUUCUGGACUAACCAGAACUUCACAUUUAGCAAGGAAAAGGAAGAACAUGUGAGAUCACAGCUGUCCUCAAAAGGGUUGUCAGAGAGAGAUGAUGAUGGAAGGAAAAGGACUUUAAGCAGUGAGGAAAUGGCAGUAUUCUACAAACACUUCUUGGACAAAAACAUGACAAGGCAUGCCAGUUAUAACAGGGAAUGGUAUGGAAGGAAUUUCACCAUUACACUUCUGAUGGCGAGAGUAGCUCUACAUAACACCUGGAGGACUCUGACUGGACAGACGAGGGGAACUGGACGAGAGAAAGGCAAAUCUACAUGAAAUGCAAAUAAAGACUGUAAAUCAAUCGA